GUGCGCGAACAAAAGCCAAUCAUCGCGUUGCAAAAAACAUGGAACCCCCUCAGACACAGCCGUCAGCUUUUACAUUCGAUAGGCCUCGUUCUGCCGGCUCUGAUAGUGGCAGUGGAAGUGGGGAGGAACAUGAAACACGCAAUCUCAAUUCUCCAAUGAAGGCCCCUAAGAGUCCCGUAAAACCCACCCUGGCACGUCUGAAGUCUCGCACAGGAUCGUCGGCUAGCAGUGCCAAGUACUUCCAUGCAGGGGGAAGAACUGUGUACACCUCAGGGAGACCUCCCUGGUACGAUUCCCAUGGUCUUCUAAAGGAGGCAUUUGUCAUAGGGCUAUGUGGAGGGAGUGCUUCAGGAAAGACAACUGUGGCCAGGAAAAUCAUUGAGGCUCUUGAUGUACCAUGGGUCAGCUUGCUGAGCAUGGAUUCCUUUUACAAGGUGCUUGGUCCAAAAGAACAUGAGCGGGCAGAACAAAAUGAAUACAACUUUGACCAUCCUGAUGCUUUUGACUUUGAUCUGUUGAUUAAAACAUUACGUCGCCUCAAGGAGGGAAAGAAAGUAGAAGUCCCAAUCUACAACUUUGUGACUCACAGCCGAGAAAAACACAGUAAAACAAUAUAUGGGGCCAAUGUUGUUAUAUUUGAGGGCAUUAUGUCAUUUGUCAACAAAGAUCUAUUGAAUGUGGGUAACACUCUUCUCUUUUUAAUUAAAAGUAAACACGUGGACAAUGUUAAAUAUUUUAUUUUCAAACUAUGUAUACUCAACCAAUCAGUCCGAUCCUGA